GCCGCGGACACGGGCUGGGGCUCUGCUGGAGGUGGUAGUGCGCGUGCGCGGCGCUGUCUCCUUCACUUCGUCCUCAAACCCGGAGCAGCGGCGGAUACAAUGGCCAUACCUCCAUCAUAUACAGACCUUGGCAAAUCAGCCAGAGAUAUUUUCAACAAAGGCUAUGGCUUCGGUUUGGUAAAACUGGAAGUGAAAACCAAGUCACAGAGUGGAGUGGAAUUCACAACUUCCGGAUCUUCAAACACUGAGAGUGGGAAAGUGUCUGGCAGCUUGGAAACCAAGUACAAGUGGUCUGAAUAUGGCCUCAUGUUUACGGAGAAAUGGAACACCGAUAACACUUUGGGCACAGAAAUUGCAAUUGAAGAUCAGCUUGCCAAAGGUCUGAAGCUGACAUUUGACACCACCUUCUCGCCUAACACUGGCAAGAAGAGUGGCAGAGUGAAAACUGCCUACAAGCGUGAAUAUGUCAACCUGGGCUGUGAUGUGGAUUUUGAUUUUGCAGGCCCUGCCAUCCAUGCCUCAGCAGUAGCUGGCUAUGAGGGUUGGCUUGCUGGCUACCAAAUGUCUUUUGACACAGCCAAAUCAAAACUCACCCAGAACAACUUUGCUGUAGGCUACAAAACCGGAGAUUUCCAGCUACACACUAACGUGAAUGACGGUGCUGAAUUUGGUGGAUCAAUCUACCAGAAGGUGAGCGAUAGUCUGGAGACAGCAGUGAACCUAGCCUGGACCGCCGGCAACAACAGCACCCGCUUUGGCAUUGCUGCUAAAUACCAGCUCGACUCCACUGCUUCCAUUUCUGCAAAAGUCAACAACUCCAGCCUAAUUGGAAUAGGUUACAGCCAGGUUCUUAGGCCAGGGAUAAAGCUGACACUGAGCACCCUGAUUGAUGGGAAGGGUUUCAAUUCUGGUGGUCACAAACUUGGCCUGGGUCUUGAAUUGGAAGCUUAAGCUGAGAACCUCGGAUGAAAAGGGAUAUCAGAAGAAAGCAACGUUUGGCCGUGACAUGUAAUUCCAACUUGAGCAACAAGCUUUCCUGGAAAGAAAGAUUCAAACCAACCACAUACCUGUAUUUUUAGAACUUUUUGUUUCUGUUCUUUUAUGUGAAAUUUGCUUCUCUAGAAGGUAAUUCAGAAGUCGUAGAUCACUCUUAAUUUAAAAUGUAUUUUACUGUUACUACAGCAACCUAAAUAAUGGAAACACAAUACUGACAAGUGGUGACUGCAUGUUUCCUGAUUUAAUGUCUAUCUUGAGACGUUGUGCUACGUCAGUUCACCUGCAAUUGGAUAAAUUGAAAUUAUCCAAAUUACACUUGAAACAUUUUAUGGAUUCUGUGUAGCAAAAAUUCAAACUAUUUCCGGUAUCCUAAAUCCAUACAGUUGAUGCUGAAUGAUAAUAAAAAAAAUCAAAUACA